GUGGAAAACAGAUUUUUGGAGGAGGUGUACGGGUGCAGUCUUCUACAGGAAUGAGCUCCCUCUCAUGCCUUGUGCAUCACAGACUUUGACAAGUGGAUCGUUUUUUUUUCACUCACUCGAAGCUGAGGAUACCUCACCUAUAGGCUCAUCAGUCUGCUCAGCUGCACCACUUCAUAUAUUUUUAUUUUUCCCCUCCACCUGUUUAUUGAGUUAAGGAGAAACAAAGAUGAACAGCUGUUUUGUCACUCUGGCCAUCCUGUUUGUUUGGCGGGUGGAAGAAAUGGCAGAAGCCUGCAGCUGCUCUCCUGCGCAUCCUCAGCAGGCGUUUUGCAGCUCAGAUGUCGUUAUCAGGGCAAAAGUGGUUGGAGAGGAGGAGGUUGAUGCUGGCAAUGACAUCUAUGGAAAUCCCAUCAAGCGGAUCAAGUAUGACAUCAAACAGAGCAAGAUGUUCAAAGGUCCCACUCAGGACAUUGAUGCCAUCUACACUGCUCCCUCUUCUGCGGUGUGUGGAGUGACUCUGGAGACGAAUGGCAAAAAAGAGUAUCUUAUCACAGGUAAACUGGAGGCUGAUGGGACGAUGCACGUCACACUGUGUGACUUCAUUGAGCCCUGGGAGGACAUGAGUGCCACCCAGAAGAAGAGCCUGACUCAGCGCUAUGAAACAGGCUGUGAUUGCAAGAUCACACGUUGCACCUCCAUCCCUUGCAUGAUCAACAGCCCAACAGAGUGUCUGUGGACAGACUGGGUGAUUGAGAAGGUAUACAAUGGAGAGCAAGCCAAACACUUUGCUUGCAUCAAGAGGAAUGAUGACUCGUGUGCCUGGUACAGAGGCAGUGCACCGCCCAAAAAGGAUUUCCUGGACAUCGAAGACCCUUAACUCCACCAGUGUCCAGAAGUCUGAAGAUGUCAGCAGUUGAAAUAUACUAACAUAUAAAUACAAAAACAAAAACAUAAAUAAAAGCACAUCAAAUUCUUAUUUAGAUUUUUUUUCUUGUUUAAAAAAAGCUGUAGGGUGGGCGCUCCAUGGUGAAGUUGAAAUAAAUAGAUUUUGAAUUGCAGGCCUCAUGUUUUCAAGAGUCUUAUGAACUCAGCACUUUGUACCACCUCUACCCCUAAAUCUAAAGCACUUCCUCAUAAACCACUUCUCCUCCAGCUGUAAUAAAGGGAUAAUCAUCACAACUCAAAAUUACUGUUCAUUGUAUUUCUGUUCCUGUGCUAUUCAUUUCCAAUUUUUUGUUUUUUCUUCUAACCAGAGCUAUUGUUUAAAGUGAACUUUCUUCUUUUUUUUAAUGCAACAUGCACAUACUUAGAAAUCACAGUUCUGUGAAUCCGUGUCGACGAUAACAUCAGCUGACAAUUGGCACCCUGAUUUGUGACAGCUGAGCUAUCACAAGGAAGAAGUGCCACCUCUAGCCUCCUCUGCCUCAGAUUCUGUCCAGUGCUGAGUAUGCAAACCCCCCACCCCCACUCCUUUUUUUGUUUUUCAAAGGUGUCACAAAACUAAUCACCGUAAAAGAGUGGCAUGUUGUUGAUCACACGAUGGAACCUCUUGCCAAUCAGUGCUUCUUACUUUGCAGCUGUUUUCUUGAAAUAAUCCUUAAUAGACAAGAAUGCACUUUGAACUCAAUUGUCACUACAGUCAUAUUGUCUCUAAUGAAAAUUAAGAUGAAAAGAAAAAGAGGAUUGAAUCCUCCAUUUUAUUUUUUUUUUAAUAGUACAGCUCUUCUCUUUGUAAUGCAUUAGUUUGUAUAAGAACAUAUUGUAUUUAAGGGGGUUAUAUGACUCAACUUUGAAAAGAAGCCCAUGUUUUUAGUUGUAUUUUUAUGACACCAUUCAUAUUACAUUAAGAGAAGGCUAAAUGUUUUCACAGUAUUAGCUAAUACAUUUUGUGUGCAGUAAAGGUCAGGUUGUCGGCCUGUCAUCUGUCUGAAUGGCUCAUGCUUUAGGACAGUGAAUUAAAGAACAUAUUGUAACCAAUCAACUUUUCUUUCUUUCUUACAGAGACACUGAAAUGACCAUAAGUGUCAAGCAAAUGUCACGUGACUUUAUUAAUUAACAUGAGAGUGUGAGAUUCUUCAUUUGAAACUGUAAUCAAGUAUGAUGUCUUGUGCUGGUUUCACAUGGGACUUUUGAGAAAAUAGGAUGUUUGCAUGCAUAUCCAUCUGAAACAUUACUGUACAUUUGACUAUUAUAUUAAAUGCCAAACUCUG